GCCGAUUUCUGACGUCGCAACCAGGAAGUACCGGGUUCACAACAAGGACAGCAGCAGCUGCGUGUUCUCCUGACUUGUCAAAACUGGCAUGGCGGGGGCGGCGGUGCUGAAGGCUCUCUGGACCCUGCGCCCCCGGACACUGGCCGCGACCUCAGGCAGGUUCCCAGCCCCGGUGGAGUGCUUCCUUCCGCCGGCUUCAUGUGUGUUGUACCCGCCGUGGAGGAGCUCUCCUGUCCGGACGCUGCAGCUUUGCUCCGCCUUAUGUGCCGGACACAACAAGUGGUCAAAGGUGAAACACAUUAAGGGACCUAAAGAUGAAGCGAGGGGCAGGAUGUUCAUGAAGUAUGGUAUGAUGAUAAAGAUAGCUGUGAAAGAAGGUGGACCCAACCCAGACAUGAAUAUAAACUUAGCCCACAUACUGGAGCAGUGCAGAAGCAAGAACAUGCCUAAAGCAUCAGUAGAGGCUGCAAUCAAGAGUGCGGAAAAGGCCAAACCAGCAUCCCAGCACAUGUUUGAAGCCCGCGGGCCCGGCGGGUGUCUGCUGCUCAUUGAGGUCCUGACUGACAACAACUCACGCAGCCACCAGGAAAUCAAACGCCUGCUUAACAAGAAUGGAGGGAUGCUGUCAGAAGGAGCCCGUCACAACUUCAACAGGAGGGGGGUGGUGGUGGUGUCGGGCCAGAACGUCUCAACGGAGAGAGCUCUGGAGCUGGCCAUCGAGGCGGGAGCCGAAGAUGUCCAAGAGACCGAGGAUGAGGAGGAGCAGCCCCUGCUGCAGUUUAUGUGUGACAUGACGGACGUGAGAAAGGUGCGUGGCUCAUUGGAGGAGCUGGGAAUGCAGAUUACGUCUGCUGGGUUGGAGUUUGUUCCCCGCGCCCUCUCAUCUCUGGACCAGGACCAGCUGGACGCUGCGUCAACGCUAAUAGAAGCCCUCAAUGACUGUCCAGACGUAGUUCGUAUCUGGGACAACAUCCAGGCUGACAGCUGAGCACGCCUCCUGGACACUUGAUGGACACUGAAUAUCUCACAUGUGGAAUAUUUAACUUCACAGAGAAAGGAUACAUGUACUGCUUGUCAAAAUACCUCAUACUGCUUACCAUUAUCAUUAUGAAAAUAUGAGUGUAUUGACCAUUUUGAUGCUUUCUGUGUGGGACUUGGAAGCAAAAUGAAAUUGCAGUCAAAUACGUUCA